CACGUGUUCUCCAGGAGUCACGUGGCUGCUGCUCCUUAUGGAAGGGAUCGCCUGCAAAAGAGCAACAACCCAAAAUGCCGAAGGGAGGAAAGAAAAAAAACUCCGAACUCUGCACAGCUGCCCAUCAGCAAAUUCCGAAGGAAAUUAGUGGAGACUAUUCAAGGCAACACAUUUGUUGUGGUGACGGGUGAGACGGGAAGCGGAAAAACCACCCAACUUCCCAAAUACUUGUUUGAAGAAGGGUAUGCCAGGCACGGCACAAUUGCUGUGACACAGCCACGGCGCAUGGCUGCCAUAUCUGUGGCCGAAAGAGUGGCAGAGGAGCUAGGCUGCCCAGUGGGAGGCCUUGUGGGAUACCAGGUUCGCUUUGAGGAAUGCAUCUCAGAGGAGACUGCGAUCAAGUACCUGACGGAUGGGUGCUUGUUAAGGCAAAUCCUGGCAGACCCGCAUCUGACCCAAUACGGCGUCGUUAUUCUGGACGAAGCUCACGAACGGAGUCUCUGCACGGAUAUCCUCUUUGGCCUCUUGAAGCAGCUGUUCCACCACGAGAAAGAAAUCAAAAGGAAGGAACCCUUGAAGGUCGUCGUGAUGUCCGCCACAUUGGACGUGGAGAAGUUCUCGGCCUUCUUUGGGAAUUGCUCGGUGGUGGAGAUUCCAGGAAGAAAAUACCUGGUGGAGGAGAUCUUCUGUGAUGCUCUGGGCCCCAGAGAUGCCAACAGCUCUGCCUUCAUCCCAGAGACUAUCAAAGUGACCCUGGAUGUCCAUUUGAACUGCUCGGCUGGAGACAUCCUGGUUUUUCUGACAGGGCAAUCGGAGAUCGAAAGAGCUUGCGAGCUUCUCUUCCAGAAAGCCGAAAUGAUAGAUUACCGCUUUGACGUAAGAGAUCACUCCGUGGAUGGCUUACUUAUCUUGCCAUUGUAUGGCUGCAUGCCAACAGAUCAGCAAAGACAGAUCUUCGUGCCGCCUCCGCCAGGGAUCAGGAAAUGUGUCGUGUCCACAAAUAUCGCAGCCACAUCUUUAACCAUCGAUGGGAUCAAGUAUGUGGUUGAUAGUGGGUUUGUGAAGCAGCUAAACCACAACCCAAGAGUUGGCUUGGAUGUGCUGGAGGUGGUGCCAAUUUCGAAGAGUGAGGCAGUGCAACGCGCAGGCCGGUCCGGUCGAACGGCAUCUGGGAAAUGCUUCCGGGUAUAUAACAAGGAAUUCUGGGAAGAGUGCAUGCCGGACCACAUGGUUCCAGAGAUCAAACGGACCAGUUUGACAUCCGUGAUGCUGACUCUGAAGUGCCUGGCCAUCCACAAUGUCAUCAGCUUUCCAUAUUUGGACCAUCCAGAUGAGAAGCACAUUCUAGUCGCCCUUAAGCAGCUCUAUCAAUGUGGAGCAAUUGACAGGCAAGGUCAUGUGACCAAAUUGGGCCAGCUCAUGGUUUGGCUUCCUCUGCCUCCUAACUUGUCCUGUGCCGUCCUCAAGGCUGCCUCUCUGGGCUGUGAUGACUUGCUGCUCCCCAUUGCGGCCAUGUUGUCUGUGGAGAAGGUCUUCAUUCAUCCAGGGCAGGAACAGAAGCAGAAGGAAGCUGAGCUACGGCACCAGCAGCUCUCUCUACAAAUGGGAGGAAGCAAUGACUUUACCACUCUCCUGAAUAUCUUUGAGCAAUGCAAAGCAAGCGAGUCUCCUUCGGUUUGGUGUCAAGAAAACUGGGUUCACUGGAGAGCUGUGAAGCUGGCAUUCAGUGUAGAAAGACAGCUCCGUGAAAUCAUCAACAGGCUGAAACAGCUGCCAGAUUUCCUAAAGGAAGAUUUUGACGGUUCCCAAAACGAGAUCCUAAGGAGGUGUCUUUGCGCAGGUUAUUUUGCCAACGUGGCCCGGAGGUCUUCAGGGAAGUCUUUUCGCACCAUGGACGGCCACGGCAGUGUGGCCUAUAUUCAUCCAUCAUCUGCUCUCUAUGAUCAGGAAGACCAGCUGGACUGGAUCCUCUUCCAUGAUGUUGUGGUGACCUCCAAGAUUUACUUAAGGACAGUGUGUCCAAUUCGCUACGCCUGGGUGCAGGAUCUGCUUCCUCGGCUUCACCAAAUCGACGCUUACGAGCUGAGCAGCAUGGCCCGGGAGAACGUGACAGAGGAGGAAAUGGCUAAUUGGAGGAAGAAGGAAGACCUCAAAAGACAGAACGAAGAGGCACCAGGUGAACCUGCCAGGAAGAUGGAGAAACGGAACGACGAGCAGUCGAUCCAAGAUGCUCGCGCUCGGUAUCUGGAGAGGAAGCAGCAAAGGAUGCAAGGAUCCAGCAAUUCUACUAAGGACUCCAGCUAGGACUGUCAACACUGCAGCCAUUGCCAUCAAUCUGAUUCUUAUCGCGAUCGUUCACAUUUUGGAUAAGAGUGUAUAUGGUUGGUCCUAACUGGGAGGAAAAGUAGAAGAUCCAGGACCCACAAAAGUUUGAAGAUUCACUUUAUCCUUGUAGAGAAAUAAAUACGAUCUGGCAUAUAA